UGGGCAGCCUGGCCAGGUUUUGUCUGAUACCUUCACAUGCAUGUAAGCUACUCCCCCAAAACACAGACACUUGACAUGUAAUCAGUCUUAUGUUUAGGAAUAUAUACAGGAUUUCCUCCCUGUCACCUCAGAAAACACCGACCAAGCCUUUACCAACAGUAAAGGAAGAGACAAAUCAGCAGACACUCACCACUGGUAAGUCCUUGAAGCUAAUAGCUAAAUGCUUCAUACCACAGGAAAGGCUAUGAUAUUUUUAAUUAAUACUUUAGAAAUCUUAUAUGAUUAUGCAGCUAUGUUUGAAAAAAUCCAUACCGAUAAUAUUCGGACUUUCUGUAUAUCACACCGCUUCUUACAGCAUAAUUGCGCAAUGAGAUACAAAGUAACAGGAUGCAGAUGAGCCACUUCUUACGGCUCUUCUUGGCCAGGUCGCUCAUGCGAAAGAUAAUGUAGCCAGUGACAUGUUCCUGAUUUCAUAAAUAUAAAUAUCAAACAUUCAGGUGAAUCCAGUCAUAACAUUCAGGUUUCAUUCAGUGAUCCUGAGUUCAGCAAAUGAUCGACCCCGUUAUCCACAUUCAUGAGAUUGACAUGAAUAACAGCUGUCUGUUUUUCAAGGUGAUGGAUGAUUUUCAUAAAUGUGUGAACACAUACCGGACCUUUUCCCUGUUGUUUCACUUGUUGUGGAUGCUCUUACCAACAGGUAGUAAUCUUUUACAAACAUGUCUACUUUCAAAAUGAGGAAAACUUGAUAUUAUUAGAGAAUAUUGUUUCCGUUUGUUUGUGAGAGGAUCUUUAUCACUUUCAUUAAUAAGAUUUAACAUCAUGAUUGUUAAAAUACCUGAUUUAUAUUUUUAGGAGUAGUAUUAAUCCUCUCAUUGAAUCCUCAGCAAAAAAGUUAAACUAUGACUUUAACAUCGGAGUGGUAUGAUACUGGUCUUUAACAUACAUAUUGAAAUCUGUGUUUUUCUCACAGAUGGAAAAACCAUCCACGCUGAGGCUGGCACAACAGUGUAUCUGCACUGCAUCAACCAGUCAAUCAGCACUCUCAAACUACUUAAAUGGCAAAUGAAUGAGGUUAACCUGUUCAGUUUUACCCCUAGUAAACCCUCGCCACAUGUCUUUGAUGAAGCUCGAAACCUGAGCAUUAAUUUGUUGACCUCAGAGAGCGAGCUGUUUGCACUGGUCAUAAAGGAAGCCCAGAAGCAUCACUCAGGAAACUACACCUGCGAGGCCACCAUGGAAACAACAAUUAGGAAACAGAACUAUGAGCUUUUAAUUACAGGUAAGCUAACCAAACCAUCAUUUUAUGUUUGCUAUGGUUGCUGAAUAAGUACCUGUGUGCAAAAGUCUGAAUAAAAACAGGUGUGACCAAAGACACUCAAUCAACCCUGCAAAGAUACAGAAGAAUGAGUAAACAGUAACAAGGAUAUUGACGUUGUUUCUAUGUGAGGAACAACCUCAAAACCAAGCCUGGAUACGUCAAUGACAUUUAUUUUUCCACAGAUAAGCAUGGUAUCAAGUGAUGCAACAAAUAGCUUCUUAAAGUCAGAGUUUGGGUGUUAUUAGGCUGUGGUGCGUGGUAUUAGUUCCUGGUUUAUUUUGGGAGACCACAGGACUUCCUUUGUGAAACUAGCAUCGCAGAUGAUUACAAUUUGCCAACAUGGCCAACAUGAUCUCACUACACACUAUAUAUCUGGAGACCUGAUUUUGAUAUACCCAUUGGUUUUCUUGGCUGCUGUUUAGAGGCUCGUCCAGACCUGCUGUUUGUAUCAAUAUUUAGAAAUCCGACUAGAUUCCACCAGGGCAAACCAAAGUUAAACAAGCAGCGCCAGGAACAUUUACCAGGCACUCAAAGCUGCCACAUCCUUUUUCCUGCAUAAUUAAAGGCAUGAUUGACGAUCUGAGACGCAGUUGAAAAAACUGAGCCGUUGAGGCAGAUUUGAAAAGAUUAUCCCACCCCUUCAACACACAAAACUCUCCCCUCUGUGCUCCAUAUUAACUCCCCCGAACCUGUAUCGCCCUCCCCAUGGCACACCCCCUCUGGCAGAGCAAGAAGCCGGCCGCGAUAUUUUUUUGCUUUGUGUAGGACAGUAGGGUAAAGUCCCGCCUCCUUCACCUCUGAUUGGUUAGAAAAGCUGGAAACAUCAUCGCACGCUCGAGCCAAACGUGGUACAUUGAACAGAACAUUACAGAACAUUACCGCACCUCUGAAUCUUCUAACCCUUAAGGUCCUUACACACCGGGAGCAUUUUAUUUUGUGCAAUUAUUUUGGACAUCGAUAUUUUUUUCAAACCCGUAUCCUGUCAAUACAAGUGUUCACAUCAGCGACAUUUUUCUUGUCCUGCAAUAUUGCAGCGCUUAUUUUUUUUUUGUGUGUCACGCUCUAAUUUUCUUAAGUUUUGCAUACUGUGUGUCGACUUCUGACCAAUCAUAUUUCGUGUUGUUGCAACAUCAGAUUCACUGGUAUAUCCAACAUGGCUGACCGGCUGAUUGUUUAUGUGUCAGAAAACAGAGUGCUUUUUGAUAAAAACACAAAUAUUAAGAUAAUGACCUAAAGGACAACUUGUGGAGAGUCAUGGCAUGAUCGCCAUGUAACCGAGGUUCAAAAUAAUUACCAAUCCCUCCAAUUGUCAACCAUGCCUUGAAACUUUACUACAAAAAAAGAUAUGUUUCACGUACAAUAGCUUCACUAAGGUGGGAGAUGUGUGUUAGUAAUUCGUAUUUGAGCGUCAAUUUUUCUGAUAAAGUGGGCUUGAAUUAGUUGAUGACGAAAACAUGAUCUAUGGUCAUUUGGUAAGUCCCUGCAUCAGAGCGGUGUCUGCACCUGUGGAGGCGGUAUUAUUAGGAGCUUAGAGGAAGUGUCUACAUCGAUGUACAGUCAAAGGUUGAAUACCACAAUGGUGUAAAAUUGGUUUUCAAGAGUGUGAUUUCAUGUGUCAGUCUGUGAACAUGAAAACCUGAGAGACACUGACUCAGCUGUUUUAUCAUCCCCCUGUCUUACCCCCAUUCUGCCUCUGUUACUGACUCUGAGGGAGGAUGAGAGGCAGGGCAGCUAAACUACCACAUAUUUAAGGAGGUUAAAGGAGGUCUAUGUCCCGCCUUGCAAUGACAGAGGCCCGCUAUAAACUGCCUUAAGUGGUUAUUCAAGGAUUUGCAACCUUUGGUACUUGGCAGUGGAGUUAACAGCCACAAAUGUUGCUGCUGUGUUGUACUUUAGAUUUUUGUGAUUGUUUUGCUGUUUUUCCCCCAGAGCCAGCUGGAAAAUGGAGUAAACAUAUGAUUGCUGUGGCGGUCGCUGUUCCUUGUGUGUCCCUCUUGACCUUUAUAAUUACUUUGAUUUUGAUGCUAACAGUCUGCAGACACCGUGCACAGUAAGUUGACUCAGUCCUUUACUUCCCUCAUGAUUUAUGACAGAUGGCCUCUCACCCCCAAAUAUAAAAAAAAUGGUCAUGUUCUUUUUCAGAAACUUCAUUCAUUCUUCUCACAGAGAUUCGGUAAAUCCAACAAUGAUCAACUCAGAAGUACACAGUCUGUCCAUUCACAGGAAUGUGAGAACAGUGAGAUCAUCUUGUCAAAGUGAACAUUAGCUGAUCUUCUGUUUCUUUUCUGCUUCCCCCAACAGAACGAGCAGACAGAGGAUAUCUAUGAAAACUGCCUGGAAAACCGUGGCUAUAAUCGGCCUGCCAGAAAUAAACCCAGGGCUCACUGAUGGGAAAUGUGGAGCAGUCAUUUGAAGGACAGAGGCAAAGAAAUACAAACCUUAACCACAUUGUUUGGGUCCUUUUCUUGCAUAAAACCUGAACUCCAAAAGACAUUUUUUUCAGCAUUUUUUGACAUUUCUCUCUACAGUUCGUAAUACUCCCUUAAUGAAUGUAUUGAAUGUGAUGAGAAAUCCCUCUUUCUCUAAUUAGGAGCUGCAUAUGAAAAUGUUCUUACCAUUUGGGGGCAGCAUGGCUGAUUACAUGUCUUUCUUGCUGCUACUUUAACUUUUUUUCCUGUUUAAAACAACUGUUUUUUUCGUGUUUUGAAAACUGCCCACUAUAAACAGUAGAAGAUCUUUGAAGCUCUGCUGCUUCAAAGGCUGCUGGUCCUCUAAACUGGAAUAAUCAAAGGAGUGCUUAGGGCCAAAAAAAUACAGGAUAAAACACACCUUCUUACAAGCAGGAUUGGGAGAAUACAUUUAAAUUACCAUGACUGAGAACAUUUACAUAGCUAUGGCUUUUAGGACACAAUCAGGUGUCAAGUUUGUAAUCUUUUCCACAGUUUACUGAACAGAUGUUGACAUACUGUAAGUAUUCCAAGGCAACAGCAAGAAAAAAAUCUUCAACAAGGACUCCUCUGUUUCAAUGAGAUACAGCCCACUUAGCAUGUCAUCCAUUCCUGUCUUACACAACAAAGAGGGUGUUGAGUCUCCAUGAGGCAAACAUCCUGUGGGCUGAUUUUUCUUAGUUUAAGACAAGCCUUAGUCUGUUUCCAUCUUCACAGUGGCUUUACAUUUGUGGUUAAAAAGAUAUAGUAUAUAGUAAUGAGAAUCCAUUAAUACUGUGUAAAAAAAAAAAACCCUAGUCAUUGCAACUAAAUGAAGCAUAGCGGUAGUUCAGGCAGGUCAUGGAGUCAAGCUAAAGGCUACAGUCAGCUGAUCUUAAGCCAGCCCUCAGUCAGCUGACAGCUCAGGUAAUCACCCUCUUCACAUGUCAAAAUGGCGCCCUAUUUAAACCGCUUCUCCUGCCUACUCUGCCUGCUGCAACCACUCUGCAACCCACCUCCACCCCAACUCCUCCUGUUUAUGUUGUGUCUGAUCUUACCAGUGUCAAAUGUAUUGUCACUGAUGCUUGCUCUGUUCUGUGCAGGGAUUUUUAUUUAUUUAUCUUAAUCGAAUUUGUUUGCUGCUGCUUCUAUGCCUGGCUCCUCAUGUAUGCACAUGAAAGGAGGGGAGGAGCUCUCCCCUCUUAGAGCUAUACUGUGCAAGUGCAUGGAAGGGCAGGGAACCCUCAGGACAGAGCCAUACUGCCAAAGUAAAAUGUUUGCUUGUAAUAAAUAAUUAAUUUUGACUAAAGUGA